AUGGGGGUGUCCGAGGCUGUGAUGUGCUGGGCGUUUUACUCAACAUUGACCGGAAGAGCGGCAGAGUGGUUCCGUACUUUGGAGCCGGGUUCCAUUUCGAAUUUCCGGGACUUAGCCCGGAGGUUUGUUGAUCGUUUCGCUAUGUCCAAGACCGUGAAGAAGCAUUUCUUGCAUUUGGAAAACGCCAAACAGUUAGAUGGUGAACCGCUCUCCGUAUUUAUCGAACGAUGGAAUAAGGAGAUGGCGGAGAUCGAGCCAGUCGAUGAUGUCACCGCUACUAAUCUGCUGCUGAACUCCUUGAGGGCGGGGAACUUGUAUCAGGAUCUUAUUCUCCGGCCCUCCUCCUGUUACGAGGGCGCCGUGCGCAGGGUGGUCGCUCACGCCACCGCCACAGAGGCGAACUCUGCCAAAAGAAUGAUGGAGACAGGGGGGCCGAGGAGGGAUCAAGGUCAGCGAGAUUGGCGUCCGAACAACCCGCGACAAAAGGAUCGUGACGAAAACCCGGUCUACACUCCGCUCAACAGACCGGUUGCUGAAGUUCUACAGUUUGCACAGAACUGCCACUUAAUCCAGUUGCCCGCUCCGACCGGAGAGUUGGCUCAGUUCGCCGAAAAGAAGAAAAAAAACUGGCGAGGGUGGAGAAAGUACUUCAAAAAAGACAAGGAUAAGAAAGACAAAGACCCCGACCUGGACAGGGAACCCCCGGCAGCCGCACAGAAGCAGGUGAUACAUGUUAUCUUCGGAGGCCCAGGAGGCGGAGACACAGCCGGAGAACGCCGUAAUUGGGCCAGGGACCUGCACGUCGGCCUGGUCGAAGAAACCGCCCCUGAGGAAAGGAUGAAAAUAGAGCCCAUCGUGUUCACCGACCGCGAUCUACCGAACAGCCCCGACUGCUCGACCGAAGCGUUGGUGGUAACUAUCGACAUUAACGACUGCUCGACCGAAGCGUUGGUGGUAACUAUCGACAUUAACGGCGUGGACGUCGAAGCGUUGGUGGUAACUAUCGACAUUAACGGCGUGGACGUCUAG